AUGUUUCAGCCUGGAAUAGAGGCAUAUCUGGAUGCUAUAAAGCAGCAGUAUGACGAGCUGCUUGCAGAAAACAAAGCCUUGAAGCAUGAAAACUCACGGCUUUCUGCAGAGAAUAGCCAGUAUGUGAGGAGGAUCCAACACUACAAUAGUGUAUUGAAUGAGCGGAAGCAUGCUGAACAGGGAGAUGGAAGUCAGUGUAAUGUGCGUAUGAAGCGCCUGAAAAGAGGAAGUGAUUGGGUGGCUGAGGGCGAUUUAUUUUGCUCGGUGAGUCUUUGCGAACGGAUAGUCCUGCCGGUGAAGAUUACAAAUGCAGUAGUCAGCAGAUGCGGUAAGUAUGUGGUGUUUGGAUGCGGACACCGAGCAUUUAUGCUGGUGGAAAAGGAGAUUUGGUAUUUGAAUGCGUCUACAGAAAAAAUGGAAAGAUGCGAUGCAGGGAUGUUUAGGGCAGAUGCUCAGGAAUACAAGAUAUGCCCGAUGGACUUUGCAUCAGACUCGCAGUAUCUGUAUGUGUUUGACGGAAAAGCAGCAGUGAGAAUAUGGAAUGUAAAGAGCAGGAUGCAGGAAGGAUUGCUAAGGACAUCAGAUCCUGUCUCACUUAAGAUAAUGAACAGCAUGGUGUUUAUAGCAGAAAGAGACAAGAUACUGAAAGUUUACAAAGACCAGAAGCAGGUUCUAAAGCUGAAAGUCAACGAGGAACUGAGUGGCUUGAUGAUAGUGAGUCCAAAUGGGAAGUUUGUGUACAUGGUCGUGAACAGAAAUCAGAUCCUUGUGAUCGAUGUGCAUGCAGAAACAUCGUAUCUCACUUCUACGAAUGAGGAGCGGCUUUUGGCAAUUGCAGUUUCACAAGAAAGCAUGUUGGCCUCAAUAGGAGGAUAUGGAAAGAUCGCAGGACUGUAUAAAAUAAAGCCCGAAAAGCCAUCGUGCAGACUUCAGGACACUAUUGAGCAGAACGGGCCUGUCCUAGCUCUUGAGUUUAUUGGCUCCCAUUUGCUCGUUGGCCAGCCUGAAGGAUUCAUGAUAUGGGAUCUGAAUGAAAAAAAAAACAUGCAGGUUGAGAUUUACGAAUCAAACGUGAUAAAUUUAUCUGCUGGCAAAGGAUGCUUUACAACAAUCGAUAACAACGGGAUCUUACGCAUAUGGAUGCACACACCGAUCAGCUGA